CUAUGACAACUGCCCGAAAAACCCGAAAACCCAAAACCAAUAACUUCACCUCUAUUUUAGAUCAGUUCCUGAAUAAAUAUAACCUAUCAGCCGAAUCAAACCCACUUCAAUUACGUACUCAUGCUGAUGAGCUUGGUACUAUGCUACCAGAUUGGAAGGCUCGUAAAGAUGUGAAAGAAGCUCUUCACCGGCGCCUAUUCAAAGACAAUCAAAUAGAAGCUCUGGUUCCGAACAACAAAAAGAAAAGGCUUACUAUCAAGGAAAGAGCUCAAUAUUGUGCAAAAACCGGAGAUGUGUGGGAUAUUUACUUACAUGCUUUAGACUUAGCUGAAAUAAAAAAUGACGCUGAUAAGGAGAUUGUAGCAUCCAGUGUAUUUAGUAAAUUUUUAAAGCCAUAUGGUAUUACAGCUAAAAGAUUAAGAAAAAUCGGAGGUAAACAUGCUUCUAGAGUUCAUGGUGGUCAAAAUUCAACUUCACAACAUCUCGCUUUCCUCAGCAGGAUUGCAAUGAGGCAUAAGAUGGAUCGUCAUGAUUCUGGAAUGUAUUAUGCCGAGGGUGAUACUUCCGAUUCUGAUCUUGACUCAAAUCUAGAGCCUGAACCCAAAACUCAAACUUUCACACCCAAGCCAAUUAAUGAGAAUACUUCCGAAAUUGAGGAUAUCUAUGACUUAUAUGGGAAUCUUCCGCAAUGCCCUAAAUGUGCAAUAGAAAUUGAAUCUAUUGAUUAUACGCAUUAUUCUGGCACUUUUGAGCAAAGUACCUCGGACCCAAUGCAAAUUUCGCCACAAAUGACAUCCAGUCAAAGCCAGAAUACAAUAACCCCAGAUACAACUCUUAUUUUUAACCCUACCUUAGCAUAUGACCCAACAAUAUAUCCAAAUUAUGUGGAUCUUACCAAAAACAAAGAUGCCUCUCAGAUUGAAUCCAGGAAUUGUUCCAAGUGUUCUGAAGUAAUCUCCCCGGAAAUUUUGAAGCCAGUCAUAUUAUUGCCAUGUAACCACGUUGUGCAUUUCGAAUGUAUUGACAAUAAGCGUAAGCUAUGUCCUGAAUGUCCAUCUAUUGAUGAUCUGGAAAAAGAAGGAUAUUAUAUCUCGCCUAUUGUUUUAGCCAACGAAACACCCAAGAAAAAAAGGAAGAUGCAAGAAAAAGAUACUCAUAAAAGUAAAUCUAAAAGGGCCACAAAACCCAAAGCAAUUAUUCGAGAGUUAUCUGUUGCUUCAACUAGCAGUGGACCAUCAAUCAGCGCUCCUUCUGAAACUACCAAUAUUGGUGAAAUUUCUAAUCAAUUCCAUAAACUAUACUACGACGUUGAUAUUGCUGAAAAGAAGGGGGAUCAAGAAAACCAGGAGGUAGUUCAAUGCUACUUUCGGUUUGGGAGAGCUCUAUCAGAACGACUUGCUGUAUUGCUCAAGAACAACCCCCCACAGACAGCGCAUACAAACACUAACCGUAGGCGAAAUAGAGAUGUGGGAAAUACAACACCAGUACCAUCUAUUGAGGAAGUUGAGCAUGCAUUGAGUACGAGAUCCUCCGUUAGACAACUAAACCGGUCUCCAUCUAUUAUUAGUAGAAGGAGUCAAAGACAUUCACCCUAUCCCACUUCAACCCAUGAUAACACUAAUAUAAACAACCCUGGUAUGAGAAAUUCUGAGCAAAAUAUUAGCGUUCCCCCGCCUCCAAUUGAAACAUUAUCUCCCCAACCACCACCUUACUCACGGGGUGAGGAUGCUAUCGCAUCUGGGGUCACAGAUGAAGCACAAAAUAAUAAUCAGAGCCAAGACAGUUCUAACUACGAAGUAGCUGUCUCCGGCAGUAAUCUAACACCCGAUUUGCUAAAUUUAUCCUUAUCACGAAACGAAAGUGAUUCCAUUAUGCACGAUAUAGGUAGUCAACCACUCUUCCAUAUGGAAUCGAUAAAUGAAGAGGAAAGAUAA